CGGCCCGUCCCGUCCCGAGCCGAGCGAAGCCGGCCCGGCUCGGCCGCGGAAGGAGAACGAGAAGGAGGAGGAGAAGGAGGAGGAGGAAAAGGAGGAGGAGGCAGCGGUGGCGGUGCUCGCCCUCCGUUCCUCCCUCCCUCCCCGGCGGGACAAAGGGCUGCGGCGCGCAGGUAGGAGCCGGCCCGGCCUGGCCGCCCCGGCGGACGGGCCGCAGCGCCGGCGGCACCGGAGCUCCCUCCCCGCCCGCCUCGGCUCUUCCUGGUUGCCCCGAGGAGCCCCGGGAGCCGCGGAGGGCGCGGCCGCCCGCCCGCCUUUGUCUGGGCCGCCCGGAGCCCCCCUGAGCCGCCGUUGCCGCCGCAGGAGCCAUGGGCCGGGGGCCGCCGCGGUAGGAGCAUCCCGGGGCCGGCGGGGACGCGGCGGGGACAUGGAGCCGGCGGCGCGGGCCAGCGGCGAUAUCCUGAGGCGGAACCCGCAGCAGGACUACGAGCUGAUCCAGCGGGUGGGGAGCGGCACCUACGGCGACGUGUACAAGGCUAGAAAUCUUCACACAGGAGAACUGGCUGCUGUAAAAAUAAUCAAGUUAGAGCCUGGAGAUGACUUCUCCCUGAUCCAGCAGGAGAUAUAUAUGGUUAAAGAAUGCAAACAUUGCAACAUAGUCGCCUAUUUUGGGAGUUAUCUCAGCCGUGAGAAGCUGUGGAUAUGCAUGGAAUACUGUGGUGGGGGAUCCCUCCAGGACAUCUACCACGUAACAGGACCUCUGUCAGAGUUGCAAAUUGCUUAUGUGUGCAGAGAAACUCUACAGGGUCUUGCUUAUUUACACAUGAAGGGCAAAAUGCACAGAGAUAUAAAGGGUGCAAACAUUCUCCUAACAGACCACGGAGAUGUUAAAUUGGCUGACUUUGGGGUAGCAGCAAAAAUAACAGCCACUAUUGCAAAGAGGAAAUCCUUUAUUGGCACCCCUUACUGGAUGGCCCCCGAGGUGGCGGCGGUGGAGAAGAACGGGGGGUACAACCAGCUGUGUGACAUCUGGGCCGUGGGCAUCACUGCCAUCGAGCUGGCAGAGCUGCAGCCACCCAUGUUCGACCUGCACCCCAUGAGGGCUCUGUUUUUAAUGUCAAAAAGUAAUUUUCAACCACCAAAGCUAAAGGAAAAAGCAAAAUGGUCAGCAACAUUCCAUAAUUUUGUCAAAAUAGCACUUACAAAAAAUCCAAAGAAGAGACCAACAGCAGACAGACUUCUCUCUCACAGCUUUGUGGGGCAGCCUGGUCUCUCCAGGUCUUUAGCAGUUGAGCUGUUGGACAAAGUGAACAACCCCGAGAACCACGCGCACUACGGCGAAGCGGACGAUGACGAUUUUGAGCCUCACUCCGUCAUCCGCCACACCAUCCGCUCCACCAACAGGAACGUGCGGGCAGAGAGGACAGCAUCAGAGAUCAACUUUGAUAAGCUGCAGUUUGAGCCCCCUUUACGGAAAGAAACAGAAGCUCGGGAUGAAAUGGUUGUGGCAGCUGGCAGUGACUUUGCUUCACAUUGGAAUCCUUUUGUUGAUGGAAGCAACAAGGGACUGCUCACAAAAUUUGGAGAUGGGAGUGAAGAUGUUGAAGAAUCAACACUAAAGCGAGCUGGGCCGCCCCCACUGCCUCCCAAGCCGAGGAUGAACAAUUACCCCGAGGAGAACCUCCCUGAUGACAGCAGAUGCCAGACAAUAAAACACUUCCCAGAGUCCCAGAGCAGAGCCCCAGCAGCCCACAGGAGACAGAGCAUCCCAGCUUGUGGGCCCCAGGUGGAUUCCUGCCCCGUGGGGAUGACCAGCAGCAUCAGCAGCCCUGGACUGCUCACAGCCAGAUACAGCGACUUGGGCAAUGGGAAUGGGAUGCUGAAGCACAUCGAGGAGAAUGCAGAAGGACCUGGACAAAUCCCUCAGCUGCCACGGAAAAAGGAGAAGAGAGAUUUCCCUAAACCAGCAAUCAAUGGUUUGCCUCCGACUCCGAAGGUGCUGAUGGGAGCCUGUUUUUCCAAAGUCUUUGAUGGUUGUCCUUUGAAGAUUAAUUGUGCAACUUCAUGGAUACAUCCAGAUACUAAAGAUCAGUACAUCAUCUUUGGCACAGAGGAAGGGAUCUACACUCUGAAUUUGAAUGAACUUCACGAAGCAACCAUGGAACAGUUAUUCCCUCGAAAGUGCACCUGGCUGUACGUUAUCAACAACACCCUGAUGUCCCUGUCAGAAGGGAAAACAUUCCAGCUCUACUCCCAUAAUUUAAUAGCAUUGUUUGAACAAGCCAAAAAAACAGGAUUAGCUGCUCAUAUUCAAACCCACAGAUUUCCUGACAAAAUAUUACCAAGGAAAUUUGCCUUAACAACCAAGAUCCCUGACACAAAAGGAUGCCACAAAUGCUGUAUAGUACGAAAUCCCUACACAGGCCACAAGUAUCUGUGUGGUGCAUUGCAGUCUGGAAUUGUUCUGCUCCAGUGGUAUGAGCCAAUGCAGAAAUUCAUGUUAAUAAAGCACUUUGACUUCCCCCUGCCCAGCCCCCUGCACGUGUUUGAGAUGCUGGUGAUCCCCGAGCAGGAGUACCCCAUGGUGUGCGUGGCCAUCUCCAGGGGCACGGAGCCCGGCCAGGUGGUGCACUUUGAGACAAUCAACCUGAACUCUGCCUCCUCCUGGUUCACUGAGAUCGGGGCAGGCAAUCAGCAGUUGGAUGCCAUUCACGUGACACAGCUGGAGAGAGACACUGUCCUGGUCUGCCUGGACAAAUUUGUGAAAAUAGUGAAUUUACAAGGGAAAUUGAAGUCAAGCAAGAAGUUGGCUUCUGAGCUGAGCUUUGAUUUCUGCAUCGAGUCAGUGGUGUGCCUUCAGGACAGCGUGCUGGCCUUCUGGAAACAUGGCAUGCAGGGCAAGAGCUUCAAGUCAGAUGAAGUGACCCAGGAGAUAUCUGAUGAAACCAGGGUUUUCCGCCUGCUGGGCUCAGACAGAGUGGUUGUGCUGGAGAGCAGACCCACAGAAAACCCCACAGCUCACAGCAACCUCUACAUCCUGGCUGGACAUGAGAACAGCUACUGAGCAGUACCCAGCCCAGGCAGCAGAGGGACUGGGACCCAGGAGCACCAGGAAACCGGGACUUGGCUGCUCCUUGUCUGGCACCCGAGCUCUGCUGGGCUUUGGGGUGGAAAUCAAUCCAUUUUUGCAGCUGGGAACAGCUGGUUCUGUCUCUUGCCACUGUGUGGUUGGUUAUGUCGAGUUUGCUUAAUAAAAGCUGAGAUAAAGAGCCCUUUACUCGUUAGUUCUAGGGAAACAGAGCCUUGAAACAUGUUCUGCAGUAAAGGUGCCAUAAACUGUUAAAUAUUCCCCUUCCCUUGGGUUUUCCCUUUAUUCUGUAGAUACAGAUCUAGUGCUGGCUGUUGCCCUGUUUUAUACUGAGUCUUAUUCUUAAUAAAACAAAGAUUUGUGUAGGAAUUGAAAGUAUCUGCAAAGCUUUUUGGUUUUAAAUCUGCCAUUGGGUAUGGCUUUGUAUAAUAGACUAUUUAAUCCUUAUUUAUUAAUCUGCUGCUAGGAUGGGGUAAUGUCUAACUUUUAGCAAAGGAAGGUUGCAGAGCAGCUUACUUUUUUUUUUUUUACACAAUUGUAUAAAGAUUUGAUUAUUCUUUUUCCUUGUAGGGAUGUAGUGCAUUACUGAGGGGUGUGUUACCGUGUUGGGUGAUCAUGUAAAAAAAAAUGCAGUUUUGUACAACAAAGUAUUUUGUACUGAUUUUUCUGCCUGCAGAAUUGCCAUAAAAGGGAUUUUCUUACUUCCUAGACGUAGGGUGUGUGUACACAAAGUAGAAUAUUGAUAUCAGACCGGUUGCUCCUGGGUGGCUGUGUACAAUAUCCAUGUGUGUGUGCGUGUGCAUGUGUGUGAAGUUGCCUGGCAGCGUGUAUUUUUAUAUAUAUAUAUUUAUACAUAUAUAUAUAAAAAUGUACAAAACAUAUAUGCUUUAUUUUCAUAAAUUAGGGAUAAGCCUUGUGACAUGAAGUGGAAAUUGUAGCAGGUCAUCAUCCUUAAUGAAUGAAAGUAUCAUGUAUCCAACUGCCCACGACGUGUGGUUUAUUUAUGCUGUUGCAGAGGGGACCUGGAGCCACAGCUGAGCCUGAGCAGCAUUGCAGCUGCUGUGCUUUGGGGAUGGCUGCUGCCCCAGCUGUGAGUAUAAAUAAACAUGAUAAGAAGCAUAUUCUGUAUCCAAGCUUUGAUCACUUUUUGGUCACCUGCAUUUUUUUUUUCCUUUCUCUUUUCUCCAUUGAAGAGUCGCAUCGGUUCCUUUUGUCUUCCUCAUUAAUUACAAUUCUUGAGGUACCAUUAAAUACAGACUGACUCCAGGAGAGCAUCUGGUUUUACUACCUCACAUUACCCUGCUGGCUUUGAUGUGAACACUCCUCAGGCAGGUGCAGAAUUCCAGUGCUCAGAAACAUUGGAAUUGAAGGGGUUUUUUAAUUAAAUGCCUGUUCAGCUCCUGAGAUCUGCUGCCUAGGAAGGAGAGGCUGGAAUUCCCAGGUCAUUUGAGCAGAGCAGGAAAGGUGUGUGAAGAGCUGGGAGUGCUUUGGUGCUGUGUUGGCAUCCAGCUCCCUGAUCCAUAAUUUACCAGGGAGGAAUUGUCUGGGCCCACGUGAUGGCUCAGGGACAUCUCCUUACUCAGGACAGCUGCAAGGUGGGAAGGUCCAGAGGGGAAAACAGCCCUGCACACAUUCAGCAUUUUAGCCACUGUCAUUCAAAACUAAUUCUUGCUGACUUGACAUCCAAAUCAAGUCAAGCUUUUCAGUUCUGACACUGUGUCAAAGCUUAAUAAGUAGUAAGUGUACAGAUGAAAUUUAUAAGUCACUCCACAGAGCAUGAGAAAUGUGCUUUAGGGGUGGUCACCUGGAAUUGGCUCAGCAGUAUUAAAAGCAGGACGUGUGAUUUUUGUCUUCUAAAAGAGUUCUCUAGUAUUGAAAUUACUCCUCCACAGGUAACAGUGACUGGUGAUUAACCUCAAAUGGUGCCUCUCCCGGUCUUUAAAACAAAAAUUAAGGUGAACUGAAGCACCAGGUGUAGAUAUUGUAAAGCAAACACUUUUUAAUUUACCUCAUUCACUACAGAAGGUAAUUUCAGCUUCGUCUUUGAAAACAUUUAAAGGAGAUCUCUAAAAGACUAGAGAAACCUGUAAAUAAAAUCUGAAUAUUUAUGGGGAAUAACUGGAGUAAAUAACUCUUAGGUUAUGACACUAUCAUGCAGGAAUAACAAGCAGAAAGUAUUUUUCUUUGACACGAAUUGCUGAUGUUUUGCUGGAUCCUAAAGAAUAAACUUAGGCGAGUCCUCGUUUAAUCAAACCUUUUUUAGCUGUUGAAGCAUUUCUAAUGGCAUGUUGUGAAAUGCUUAGUGCUGGUUUCAUAGACAGUGGCAUUUUUUGGCAUGAUCUGCAAGAUGCUGUUUCCUAGUGUAAAACCUCACUUUUGUUCCGUACCACAGAGCAGAUUUGUGUGUUCCAGCCAGCCUCAGUGACUCUGAUCAGUAUAAUUUGUGUUUGACUGUUUAAUUUAGUCUGGUAUUGUUUGUACCUUUGUUUUUGUGGAAUUUAAACCAGGCUUGAGAAAGCCUAACGGGAGGAGCUUGGGGGUGAUGAUCAAAAGCUUGCUCAGCCCCUCCUUCCUUGCUCAACAUUUAUCAAAAUUUUAAUUAUUGGAUGCAUGAGGUCAUGUACCCAACUUGAAAGCCUUAAAACAGGCUCCCAGAGCUCUUGGAAGUACAAACAGCAUAGGAAGAGCAGUCUGUGGAUGAAUCUCUUUGGAUUUCCUGACCAAAUUCCUUGCAAGUGAAAAAUACAGCUGGAAUUGUGCUGAUAUCUCUGUAAAGAAGAAAGGUACAACGCACCAGGGGAGCCACGGUGUCUCUGGAUGGAAAGGACCAGACUGGGAGACUCUGAAAUGUGCUUUUUUUACCUUGUUUAGUCCUUAGGUGUAACUGAGACUCAUAACUGCACUCGUUCAGUUUGUGUAACCAGGCUUUGUUCCACGGGAAUUUCUGUUGCAGUUCAGUCUAUGCCAAAUAAACUGCUUUGUUUGAUC